AUGUUUAGAUUCAAAGCUAUUAUUGGAGCUGUCAUUAGAGUCAUUAUUAGAACCGUUCAUAUGAAUCUUUGUAAACUAGAAGUCAUCAUUAGAGUCAUCAUUAAAACUAUUCACAAGAAUCUUUGUAGAGUUGUUGAAAUUUUUCCAGAGCUGGAAGUUGUCAUUGAAGUCAUUAUUAGAACCAUUCACAGGAAUCUUUGUAGAGUCAUUGGAAUUUUGCCAAAGCAAGAAGUCAUUAUUGGAGUGUUUAGUGUCUUGUUAGACUUGGCGUUCGUAGAAAUCUUCGUAGAAGUUGUCAUUGGAGUUUUGUUAAAAUUGUUAUUUUUAGAAAUUAUUAUUAAAGCUGUUAUUGAAGCCAUUGCUAAACUAGAAGUCAUUAUUGAAGCCAUCAUUGAAGCUAUUGCAGAAGUUAUUAUAGCAUCUUUUUAG